GUCUCCGCUCCAUCCUGUCGCAUCAGGGAACAUGGCGGCUGCCGCUGGUGCAGCAAAGGGGCUCCACCAGGCCGGGCCGCGUCUGUGUGGGGUGCAAGAAUCAAGAUGUGAAAGAAUUUGGGGCUGAAGAAUUUGCUACUUGACCAUAGGUUUGUCUUUGUAGUGGAUUUGGACUUGCAGCUUGAAGAAAAUCAGCCUAAACAUAAAUGAACUUAAUGGGCAGACCAGCAGUAUGGAUGAUACGGAGAUAAAUACUGAGAUUAUUGGUGCUAAAAGAGGAGGACCGCUAGAUGACAACAGUUUCGUCUCUGGAAAAAAGAGUGGCAUUCCCAAAUCGCAAGAGACUGAAACAUCAUUUCAGAAAAAUACUUUGUCUGAAGAGCUAUCAAAGGACAAGUCUGAAAAAGCCUUAAGUGGAGGCCAGACAUCUUCAUUUAUACAGACUGGUGCUCCUACUGUUUCUAGUGAAAACAUUCUCCUGCCUUCAGAAACUGCUGUUAAUGGACCAGUUUUACACUCCACUUUAUCUAAAACUUCCAUGAUGAAUAAAGGCAGCAUUUCCUUAACCACUGCACAGAGUGCAGUCCACCAAGCAGACUCUUGCUCAUCUACAGCAGUGGUACAUGAUCUCCAUCUUCCUGCAAAGACUUCAUCCCAAAAUUCAAGUCAAAACCAAGUUUUGUUUUUGUUACCUGAAACAGCACAUUCUAAGAACCUGACACAUUCCACAAAAAAUCUACCUCCCUCUGCUUCAGUUGUUUGUGAUACACAGUCAUCUAUAGAAAAAAGCAUAAAAUCAGACAGCACUUUAGUAAGCCAAGUAGAUGCAUGUGAGGAUAGCAAAAGUUCACUAGGAAAAGAUGACAGUAACAAAUCAUUAACAGGCACUUCCUCAGGUACAGGUGACUUCAGAACAGAAAGUGAUACAAACUGGGAUCCACAAAAAGAGUUUAUAGAAUUUCUUAUGACAAAUGAAGACACUGUAGAGAAGUCACCAGUUCAGCCUAAAGUGGUUGUACAGAAAAGGAGAAAAAGAAAAAUGGAUGUUAGCAAAAUAACACGUUAUACUGAAGACUGUUUUAAUAAAUCAGAUUAUAUUCCUGAUAACUCAGAGUCAUUAGAUGUUGAUUUUUUGGAGCAAGGUGAGAAUCUUCAAAUAGUAGAAACUGAGAGAUUUUCAUUAGCAAAAGUGAAGCCUGAAUCAACAGAUGAGGAAUUGGAAGUUGUGGAUGCCAUCCAACAGUUGAUCUAUAAUCCUAGUGAUAAUUGUGCAGGUGAUACUUCUCCUGUUCACAGUGGCACUUUUCUUUCUAAUACUCUGUUAAACAAAUGUGAACAAGAUGAAUUAGAAUCACCAUCCAACUUCAGUACUGAUGAGCCAUCAUUUUAUCCCUGUACCAAGUGCAAUGUGAAUUUUAGGGAAAAGAAGCACCUGCACAGGCACAUGAUGUAUCACUUGGAUGGCAAUAGUCACUUUCGUCAUUUAAAUGUUCCAAGGCCUUAUGCAUGUAGGGAAUGUGGCCGGACAUUUAGAGACCGCAAUUCCCUUCUUAAACAUAUGAUAAUUCACCAGGAAAGAAGACAAAAACUGAUGGAGGAAAUUCGUGAAUUGAAAGAGCUCCAAGAUGAGGGUAGGAGUGCACGCUUACAGUGUCCACAGUGUGUAUUUGGUACCAAUUGUCCCAAAACAUUUGUGCAACAUGCUAAAACUCACGAGAAAGAUAAAAGGUACUACUGCUGUGAGGAGUGUAAUUUCAUGGCAGUGACAGAGAGUGAACUUGAAUGCCAUCGAGGAAUUUCUCAUGGGGCAGUGGUGAAAUGUUCAAUGAUCACUACAGAUUUAUCUCAGAGUAAGUUACAGAAAAAAACAUUAGUGAAAGAUUCCUACAUGGAAUCAUCAAAGAAAUCUGAUGACUAUUUGUGCAAACUGUGUCCAUUUGCUACAUCAGCCAGAAGCAUUUUAAAGAAACACAUGGAAUACUUGCAUCCUGCAUCAUGCAUAGAUCCUUUUGGUAACCCUCUUAGAUUAGAAAAGCGAAAAAGUCACAUUAUAGAACAGCCUAUAGAUUUUGGUAGCAGGACUAAACAUAUGAUCAAACAAUCAUCUGCCUUUCCAAAGAACUCUGUUUUGAAACAGGCUAUAAAGAGACCAUUUGGUUCUUCAUUCCAGUCAAGUAACUUUGCAAAACUUCACAAGAGACCCUCCAGGAUACAGAAGGCUCGGAAAACCGUUGCACAGUCAGCUGUAAGUGUGUACAAUCAAAGUUCUACAGACAAGCCUAUUUUUAGUAAAAAUAGCAUUGGCCAAAAGCUUAGAUAUUUACAUCAUGUAGGAAAGCAAAAGGCUAGUGUCAAAGCUAGCAGUAAUUAUUUAUAUAAGUACAAACAUGAAAGCCAUAGGAUUAAAAAGUCUAGCAGCCCUUAUCUUUUACACUUAAAAAAGGAAGCUGCAAGAUCUGUCAGAUCUUUACCUUCAAAUAAUACUCAUAAUAGAUUUAUUAUGGAUUCACUUAACUGUGAUGAAAAAAGAACAGGAGUCUAUGCAGAUAGACAUGUAACUGUAAAAAGAUUGGUUAAAAGACCCAAAAGGGAAGGCUCUGUAACAGGAGAUGAUUUGGACAGUUAUCCAGACUUUCUACAUAAAAUGACUGUUGUUGUUUUGCAGAAACUUGCUGGGAAAAAAGACAGCUAUGAAAUGGAGGAUGAAAGUUCAUGGGAUAAUGUUGAACUGUGUGAUUACACUACACGGUCUGUGGAGGAUGACUCUUACAGUGAUAUUAAUCAGGAACAUGUAAACCUGUUCCCUUUAUUUAAAGGUAAAAUUGAAGAAGAAGCUGGCGGUAAAUCUUCUCUUAGAUAUGAGCAAAAUGAUGGAUUUUAUUUUGAGUAUUAUGAAGAUGGAGAAGGUAGCAAUUACCUGCAUGACUUUCAAGAUCAUCAUAAUUUAGAAAGCAUAGGCACAACAUUGCCAAAGCAUAACUCGGUUUUCCAUUGGACUGACUUAUCACUUGAGAAAAAAACCUGUCCAUAUUGUCCAGCAACUUUUGAAACUGGUGUUGGAUUGUCUAAUCAUGUGCGUGGGCAUCUUCACAGAGCUGGGUUAAGCUACGAGGCUCGCCAUGUUGUAUCACCUGAGCAAAUAGCAACAAGUGACAAGAUGCAGCAUUUCAAAAGAACUGUGACAGGAACCCCAGUUAAACGAGUUAGAAAAGCUAUUGAGAAAUCAGAAAGUUCUUCAGAACACACCUGCCAGCUCUGUGGAGGUUGGUUUGACACUAAAAUUGGAUUAUCUAAUCACGUUCGAGGACACCUGAAAAGACUUGGUAAAACUAAAUGGGAUGCUCACAAGUCUCCAAUCUGCGUUCUAAAUGAGAUGAUGCAAAAUGAAGAAAAAUAUGAAAAAAUCCUGAAGGCGUUGAACAGUCGACGUGUGAUUCCCAGACCAUUUGUUGCUCAGAAACUUUCACCCACUGAUGAUUUUUUAUCUCAAAAUGUUAUACCUUUUGAAGCAUACCGCAAUGGCCUAAAGACUGAAGAUAUAUCGGUGUCUGCCUCAGAGGAAGAAGGGCUGAGUUUCCUCAAUGAAUGUGAUGAAGCAAAAUCAGUUCUACACGAUGAAAAAAAAAAUCAGUCACUUACACUGAUAGAACUGUUGAAAAAUAAAAGAUUAGGAGAACAAAGAAAUACUGAGAUAUCUCCUCAAAAGAUCCAUAAUCAGACUGCAAGAAAGAGGUUUGUUCAAAAAUGUGUUCUUCCAUUAGAUGAAGACAGUCCUUUGAUGCAUCAUCCACAAAAAAUGGACUUGACUAUGCAGUCAGGUAUGCCUGUGAAGCUUAGAACGUGUGUGCAUUGCAAUACGGCGUUUACAAGUGCUGUUAGCCUGUCCAACCACUUACGCGCUUAUACACGAAGGAAGAGUGCUGGACUUUUGACUGGGACAGCCAUAGAUUGUAAGCAAAAAAAAUCAAGAUCAAGAUCUGGGAGCAAGAAAAAAAUUCUGCCAUUACCUCAUGGUGCUGAUGAAGUUUACAUACUCCGAUGCAGGUUUUGUGGUCUAGUCUUUCGAGGUCCUUUGUCUGUUCAAGAAGAUUGGAUAAAGCACCUGCAACGCCACAUUGUCAACGCAAAUCUUCCUCGGACUGGGGCUGGUAUGGUAGAAGUCACAUCACUGCUUAAAAAACCUGCCUCAAUGACUGAAACUUCAUUUUCUAUCCUGAUGGCUGAAGCAGCUUCAUAGGACAUGGAAACACUUUACAUUUGCAUUGGAUGUAUAUUUGAAAUACUUUUGUUAGUUUUUUUAAAGUUAAAAUAAAUUAUCUGUUUAUAAAACCUGAAGCAGAAAAUGGGGCAAAGAACGACAGUUAACACCCGAACAAUUGAGUACUUAAAACAAUUACCGUAAGUAGUCUUUAUAUUUUAUAUAGGGUGGAAGAUGUGUUUUUAAAGUUUACUAAGUUUUUUUGUCAAUUACUGUGUUCACUAUUGAUACAAACCCAUUACGUGUAAGCAGCCAUUUUUAAAUUGUUGCACAUGGGUACUUUAGACUGGUUUUAUGAAAAGAAAACGUUCUUUACAGUGUUACUGAAAUCAAUGCUCUGUUUAUUAAAAAAAAAUCCCCUUGCUUAGUAAAAUAUUAUAUUUUGUUUGUAUGUAUGUAGUGUUUUGUACAAUACCAAGAAAUGCUAAUGCAACUUACUCAAUUUAGGGCAUUAAAUAUCAUGUACUUCAUAGUUCAAGAGACUGUUCCAUUCAAUUAGGGCAAUUAGUACUAUUCUAUCUAGCUGUGUAAGUGUUUUUUAAUCACACAAGACACUUUUCUACUAAAAGUGGAGGGAAACUUGUUAAACAAAUUUCUAAAAACUAUGUAUAUAGUACUGGAAAUUAUUUGUGGUAAGGAAAUAUUCUUUAUUUCAUUUGCAUUUCUCACUGACAAUAAAAUGGUGCAUCCAUGCUACCUCCAACUUUGUCAGCUGUAAUGGUAUAUAUCCUUUUGUUUCAUCACAAACUCACGGUUUCUUUAAUGCAACAUUUUGUUUUAUUAAUGAGUCCCUUUCUGUUUAGCUUUGCCUAAAGAGAUGAUUUACUUUUGCCUCUUCUAGUUCAUACUGUAGAAAUGUACUACACGGCUAAGCCAACACUUUUUAUUUUACAGUUGCUUAAAAAACUUAUAGCCCCAUUGGACACAAAUAGAAAAGUUUCUACAUAUGAAGAGAAUGUUUACAAUUCAAAUUUUAAAACUUGUUUUGGAUGUAAUUAUAUGUAUGAAAACUGUAACACUAUACUCAUGCUAAGGACCUAUUUACAGAAUUACUGAAAUAAAUGUGCUGUGAGGAUGGAAAACUAUGGUGCAGGUGUCUUGAUCACGAUUGAUAUUGGCCGUUAACAAAAGUAAAAUGUCACUUUUCAACAAUUAAGCAAAUUCCUUUUUUGAAAACUGGUUCUGUAUGCAAGUAAUGUUUCAUUUUAUUCAUGUAGGGUGACUAAUUCUGUAGUUAAGCCAAGGAAAUGCAUUGAUAUUGUUUUGAGUGUAAAUAAAGUUAUAAAAGCAGUUGAGAUGUGAGGAGUAUUUUGGUGGAGAAUAUACAUACCUCACAGCCAGUGAAAUUGCUUUCCUCAUGGUAUAUCUCCUUACCAAGAAUAUAUCUCUCAAUAAAAAGGGUUAAAAGAAACUUAAA